ACACCUCUGUUCCCUCAGACUCGGUCUGCUGCUGUCCUAUAACCAGCCAUGAUCCUCCAGGCGGCUGCACUCUGUGUCCUCUUCUGCUCCGUACACAGUUUCACCAUACAGGGUCCUUUUGAAAAGAGUGAGGAGUACUCUGGCAACACCGUUGAGGAUGACGAGUUCAGCGUCUCCACGCUGUUAGAGAAGGCCAAUAUUAAUGUUGGAAAGAACUUCGAUGACCCUCUGGUGAUGUUUGGUGACAUUGCAGUGCCAACAGGUCUACAGAACGCUGAUCCCUGCACAAUACGAGGUUGCCUGUGGCCCAAAGCCACCGAUGGCAACGUCUACGUACCCUACCGCAUCUCCAGGGACUACAGCCAAACAGAGAGAGAUACCAUCAUCCAAGGUCUACGUUCCUUUGCUGAUUCCACCUGCAUCCGCUUCACCCCCUACAACAGACAGGUGGACUUUGUGGACAUCCAGUCACGCUCCGGGUGUUUCUCGUUUAUCGGGCGUCGGGGGCGAGGCCAGGUUGUGUCUUUGAGUCGCCGCGGUUGUGUUUUCCGGCAAAUCAUCCAACACGAGCUGCUGCACGCCCUGGGCUUCAAUCAUGAGCAGACCCGGUCCGACAGGGACCAGCAUGUUCGCAUCUUGCUGGAGAACGUUAUUCCUGGUAUGGAGAGCAACUUCAGGAGGAUCCAAACAAGGAACCUCGGCACUCCCUACGACUACAACUCUGUCAUGCACUAUGGAAGGUUCGCCUUCACUAGGAACAGGAGGCCGACCAUCGUUCCCAUCCCCGACGGCAAUGUCGCCAUCGGCAGAGCCACCCAGAUGAGUCCCACGGACAUCCUUCGGGUGAACCGCCUCUAUCGCUGCAAUUCGACUGCUUCCAGGCCUGACCUGAAACCUGUGCAAAGAAAGCAUUUCCUCUAGAGAUGAAAGUCUAUCGUCAACGCGAUGUAACGAAAUCAAGAGGAAAUGAGACAAAGUGAUGCAACUUCUUUCUUUUGAUCAUCUACGAGGAAAACUAGAAAUGCCUCUUGCGCUUAAUGAACUUGCUUUAAUUGAAGCUUUGAUGAAAUUAAUUUGUGCUGUCCUUAUGAGAAAUAAAAGUGUCCAUCAUCAUAAAUGUACCCCAAUAUAACUAACUGCUUGUGAGCUUGAUACAUAUACUAAUAAUGAAUAAUAAAAAAAGUAUUCACAUAUCUUAA